AUGUCUUCGGCAAACAGCGUAGAAUCUCUGGGAACGUUGCAAUGGGAUAUAAUCGAAUUGGCGAAUCAUUUGCGUCAGGAGCGGUUGUUCGUUACCUCGGAGCAACAAAAUUUACAAAUACUCAACGAGAAAGUGUUGCAGGCGUCGUCCAACUUGGCGCGACAAGCGUGGAUCACGGCGCAACAGCGAGUGAAUCUGAAUCAACUGAUAAUGUCGAAACCAUACUGUACGCCGGCAUCGUGUUGCCAGCGAGCAAAUACAUUGGGCAAUUCAAACUUUGUCGACGUGUACAAGUAUUUACGUUAUCAAACGUGUCUGUUGUACGGGGAGUUUUUAGGUGCUCUGAGAAAGUCUCCGAAACUGGUUGCGUUGUGUUUGGUCGAGGGGGACAAGUUGUUGCCAGACUCUGUACAAACGAUAGUGCAAUCGUUGGCAGCCGGCCUGUACGGCAGUUGUUUGCUACCGGAGGAUAAGAUAUUGGUUUUAAAGUUGCUGAAGCAUCUGAUGCUGCUGCAAAUCGUACCGUCCGACAAUCCUCGAAGAUUACUCAGACACGGCACGUGUGCAUUCUCUAGGUUUUAUUCAGUUUUCCACGAAAGUCUAUUUUCAGCCAAGUUCUUCUUAACCGCUGCCUUGCACAAUCCUAUCGUACAGUUGCUAAUGGAGGACGAGAUGUUCCUCGAUAUCGACCCGGACAAAGCACCCAUAAGAUUCCCACCGUCCGAGAGAUUGAGAAAAUUCGGCAAAGAAGGUAGCGCCGAGUACGAGACGAAGCUGCAGCGUUACAGGCUGUGGACGGUCAACUCGCUGUUCCACAUCACGCAAAGAUUCAUCGUCAGCAUACGGGAGAAUAUGCAUUGCUUCCCAAGCAGCGUGUGCUGGCUGGUGCGACAGAUGGCAGGGCUGUUGGGGAAGAGCGGGAACGUCGAUUCGAAAGAGGUACACGCGAUGUGCACGGAUUUGGUAUUCACGUACUUCAUAUGCCCGGCGAUAGUGAAUCCAGAGCCAUACGGUAUCACGGACGCGCCGAUUAGCUACGUUGCUCGAUUCAAUCUGAUGCAAGUCGGCCAGAUUUUGCAAAUGCUUUCCCUAAUGAAAUACCAGGCUGUCGAUGGCAAGACGUUCGAUCUGUACAAAAAGUUCGACAAGGAUUCCGUUUCUUCCAUAAUAGAUGUGAUGGUGGACGGCGCGGCGACGGAAGAACUCGAGGACGAGCCAAAUAUCAUUGACAACAACAAACUUCGGGGCCUUUCUCGUUCGGCCGCUUUGUUCACAGAGACGGAGCUGAACACGUUGAUCGUGUUUCUACAAACUGUCGCUACAGAAGCCACGGUGGAUAUCGCCUCGCGAUCCGCCGUAUUUGACAAGAAACAACUGAUCGAUAUGCUGUCUCGGUUACCCGCCGGUUCCUUAACUACCAACAAAUUGCUUAACAAUGUUUCUGUCGAAGGUUCUGCCGGCAAGAAGGCGGGUCUCUUGGCAAAAGGUAAGGGUCGAGGAGUGCGAGUCUCGUCGUCGUCGUCGUACUCGUCUAACACGACUAACGACGGGGGUGAUGAAUUGAACGGCACGUCGACCCCCGAAGAAGAAUCUGUGGACAAAAAUCGUCAGGAUGUUCUUGUUGUCCCAUUUGGCCCGAAUACCGGAGAGUUCGUAGGACUUCUCAGCGAGCAGAAAGUAUUGUGCACAGAACUGCACAACUCGAGCAUGGAUGAUCAUUCGGUUAACCUGAAUCUGAAUCUGAAUCUGAAUCUGAAUCUGAAUCUAAAUCUGAAUCUUCCCGACGACAUGUCCAACGUGCAUGACAGACGAGAGAACUGCGACGUCGAACGUACCGAGAAUCAAGAGAAAAAGACAAGAUUUUCCCUCUCGCACGACCAAGGUUUCAUUGGGAAUACUUCGGAUAAUUUGGAAGCGGUGUCGGAAGCUGCUUCGAAUCACAGCGUGGCUUCCUCGCUCGAGCUGGAAACGGAGGAUCAAAAUGACAAUCUCUCGGAUAUGGUAUCUGCCAGCGUAUCGGGACGGGGGACGCCCAAUAUAUCAGGUCGCGAUACCCCGUCGUCUCAAAUUACCGAGGGAGACGAAGGACGAAGUACGGUGGGUGAAACUCGGCAAUUGGAUCUACCUGCGUCGAGCAUGACGACCAAGCAAAGCCGAUCCGAGAUUGACGACAAGUUCUGUAAAUUCGAGAUAAAGAAAUUGAUCGAAGAUCGUAGAUCAUCUCUCGUGUGUUCGAGAGUGUUUGAAUGUUCUUUUGGCACGCGUGUGAAUUCCAUGCCAGGGGAUGAAACCGUUUCGAUGGUAUCGGAUACCUGGUCGACGGACGUUCUUGCCUCGGACAGCGAAAUAAUCGAGCAACAAGAGAAAAUAUUGUAUCCUCCUUCGUCCUCCGAGCAGAAUCCUCCAGCUUUGCCAACAACGUCGGAACCGGUGCCGCAAGCUGUGCUCGAUGUCAGCGAAACUGCGUCGGAAGCGUGGAGCACCGACGUAUUGGCCAGUGAUUCCGAAAGAUUGACGGAAGUCGACACCGAUGAUACCGCUAGUGUUGCGAGAGAAUGCCACGUCGAGCGAAUGCGUGUCAGCGGCGAAUCUUCAUCAGUCGAUGUUGAUAAACCAAGAAAACAACGUGCAAUUCCCUCGUGCAAACGUUGUCCUUUUGCCAACAACGAUGCCUCUGUCGGCAUCGUCGCAAUUGAACGUACAAACUGGACAAAAUGCAAGCGGUUGUAAUUAUCGAACGAGCAUGAAUACGGAAUACGUUGACAAGAAUGCCAAUAGCAUUGCCGAUGACAGUUCGACCGAUUAUGGCAAAUCCUUGUGCGAGGAUAGAUUGGUCCAUCUCAUAGACAAACUUCACAUCGAAAAUGGAAAAGGUCGGCAAAUGGAACGACAAAUUUCUUCGACUCAUAAUCGUAUCGGUGUGGCAGCUGUUGCGCCGGCUUUGUUGUUGGCCAAUCAUAUCUCACCGUCUAUAAUUCCGUCGAACACGGAAAAGUCGCACAAUACCAACAUGAAGUCGGAGUCGCAGGAAUUGGAAAGCAGCCUGGUCAGUUCGAUGGACGGUGAAACGGUGAACGAAAGCGGCCCGGACGGCGUUGUCGGAUUGAGCACUGGUAGCUUGACAUCCAGCAGUAGUUCUGGCUCCGAGACGCGAAUGAAAACUGCAAGUUCGAUAUUGCCGCUGUCGGCGGGGACGAUGAUGAGUGAGAGUUGCGACGUGACGUUGAACGAUUGUCGGAAACCGAGUGUAUCCAGCGGUGCCAUACCGAAAAGUAUUAGCUUCGAUAUGACGGCGGAGCGCGGGGACAAGGAACUGUUGGACGACGAUCAGAAAAAUAAAAGAAGCUUCUUCGGCAAAUUGAAAAUGUCCCUGCGAAAUCGUCGUGGCAAGAUGGUUCGCGGUGCAGACGACAUUGGCAGAUGUUACGAUCGAGAAGCCACGGGCGACAACAUCGACGUAGGACGGCAGCACAGAUUGCGUAGAAUGAUGUCGGAAGAUGUAUCGUCGACCGGUGGCAACGCCAACGGUGAUAGCACGGACGACAUCUUGGCGAAAUACAGAAGGAAACCAAGUGCCGCGAGCGACACGGAAGCAUCUGUAGAAAGUAAUCAAUCCCGUACGAAAGAGCCUACCGAGGACGAAAGGCUUCUCAUUGAUCCGAACAACGUUGAACUUUCCUACGCGUUCUCUGACGCAAAGAGAAAAUUGAGAAUGGUACUUAGCACCGCUGAUCUUCAACACGUUUCUUGGAGUGCUGUGUCCGAGGUGCUGUAG